GGCACACAUGCAGCUUCUCAGCCUGAGGUGAAAUUCAUCCCUACGUAACGUCAACAAAACUGACUCAUGCAUAUCAACAUUUUAUUGGUUCUGAAACAUUACUAGGGGAAGAGGAUCCAAACUAGUAGUCAAACAGUUGCACUCUAACCUUUUCUAAUAGUUAGAAGCUCUAUUUGCUACUAAAAUCUAUACACACAUCCAGACGUUUGAGUCACGUCAAGGAAGCUCUGAUGGUACCAGCUGACCUGUGACCGCUGCCUGAGGACACCUACCCCUUUACCAUGUCUGGAACCCCGGUGCCGUGGUCACCUGGCACAGAGUGUGUAGCCAAGUACAACUUCCAGUCUAGCAAUGAACAGGACCUGCCUUUCUGCAAAGGAGACGUGUUGACUAUCAUUGGGGUCACCAGGGAUCCCAACUGGUACAAAGCAAAGAACACAGUGGGCCGAGAGGGAACCAUCCCAGCUAACUACGUCCAGAAAAGGGAAGGGGUGAAGUCAGGAGGGAAACUCAGUCUUAUGCCAUGGUUCCAUGGGAAAAUAACACGAGAGCAGGCAGAGCGUCUCCUCUACCCCCCCGAGACAGGCCUGUAUCUGGUAAGGGAGAGCACCAACUACCCGGGGGACUACACCCUGUGUGUCAGCUGUGAUGGCAAGGUGGAGCAUUACCGCAUCAUCUAUACCAACGGCAAGCUCAGCAUCGAUGAGGAGGAGUUCUUUGAUAAUCUCAUGCAGCUGGUUGAGCACUACACCAAAGACGCAGACGGCCUCUGUACCCGACUCAUCAAGCCAAAACUGAUGGAAGGAACGGUGGCAGCCCAAGAUGAGUUCUCCAGGAGCGGCUGGGCCUUGAACAGAAAGGAACUCAAAAUUAUCCAGACUAUUGGCAAAGGGGAGUUUGGAGAUGUGAUGGUGGGGGACUACAGAGGAACCAAGGUGGCAGUGAAGUGCAUCAAACACGAUGCGACGGCCCAGGCUUUCAUCGCUGAGGCCUCUGUCAUGACGCAACUGAGGCACAACAACCUGGUCCAGCUGCUGGGGGUGAUUGUAGAAGAGAGGGGCAGUCUUUACAUUGUCACAGAGUACAUGGCCAAGGGCAGUCUCGUGGACUAUCUCCGAUCUCGAGGACGGACUGUGCUGGGUGGAGACUGUUUACUCAAAUUUUCACUCGAUGUAUGUGAAGCAAUGGAAUACCUUGAGGCCAAUAACUUUGUGCACAGAGACCUGGCAGCCCGUAAUGUCCUUGUCUCUGAUGAUAACAUCGCCAAAGUCAGCGACUUCGGUUUGACUAAGGAGGCCUCCUCCACACAGGACACUGCCAAGCUGCCUGUCAAAUGGACCUCGCCCGAAGCCCUGCGAGAGAAGAGGUUCUCCACUAAGUCUGACGUGUGGAGUUAUGGUAUCCUGCUGUGGGAGAUCUACUCCUUUGGGCGUGUGCCUUACCCCAGAAUUCCACUGAAGGAAGUGGUGCCUCGGGUUGAGAAAGGCUACAAGAUGGAAGCCCCUGACGGCUGCCCGGCAGUGGUGUAUGAUGUCAUGAAGCAGUGCUGGACCCUGGACGUGGGGCUGCGGCCCUCGUUCCGCAUGCUGAGAGACAAGCUGUCGCAUAUCAGAGCCAAGGAGCAGUACCUGUGAGGAACGGGGAAGGGGAGGAGCAGCGGCCUAGGAAAGAGGGUUGGGCGCAUCCGGGCCAGGCUGGGACAAACCAACUGGAGCUGGCCUGGAAGUCCUCUGCCUCACGGUGGACAUAACCCGAGACCACACCGCUGGGACUGCAGUAGACCCUCCCCUGAUGCCUACCUCGUCCACACCUCUGGAGGGAAAGGAGCACAACACCUGUUCUCUAUGUGUUGUGUAUUGUUCUGCCUGCUGGUUCUCCUCCUCUCUUCAUGUCCCAGUCUCUACCCUAGCGGCUGUGUCCUCUGAUCAGACACACUGUUCUUCCUCUCCAAAACCUGACAAUAAUGGGGGAGGCUGGCCUUUACUCCACAUGUUUGUCAGUUGCUUUCUCACCUUCCCUUUUUAUUUCCCUCACUCUCUCUCUUUGCCCUGACCAUUCCUGGAUCUCUGUGUUGGUUGCUAGUGUGGCCCUGCAUGCUCUCUCCCUCCGUCUCCUCCUGCCCCCACCUCCUGUAUGUCCUAGCUUUGGGCUUUUGCUCUGUGCCAAAGUGCCUCCAGUAUACACAGCCCCUGUCCCCCUUCAGCCUCCACUCAGACUAUUCAGUUGUUGUUGUUUUUUUAUUUUAUUUAAUUUUUUGUAUGCUUUUUUUUUUUACAUCUUAAUUUGUUUUCUCUGUGGGGGUUAUGUACUUUGUGCUGUCAUCUCCCUCCGAUCUCCAGAACACGAGAGGAAGUGAGCCAGUGAGCAGUAGUGGAUAGCAGCUUCCCAGCUGAGGCUGUCUCUCUCUAAGGUUAACCCAGGACUACAGGGGAGGGUGGAGCGGCAGGUCACAUGGUAGAUUCAUCCUAUAUGUGCUUGUUUUAUAUAAAAAAUAUAUUUAAAGGACAAAAACUGAACAAAAAAACAGGAAAAUAUGAUAAAAGGAUAACACAAGAAGAAAGAAGCCAAGAAAAGAAAUGGACUGAAGGAUUUUGAAUGUUGCAGUGUCCCUGUGAAACCAUCGCUACGGUUUGGGUAUGUGCAUGCUCUGUGAGAGGCCUUGGGUUUAACUGUCAGUGCUUUCAAUGUUCAUUGUUUUAUUAUGCUACCAUGGUUAUGAAUAAAUCAUUCCAUCUGA